UUCUUGGUAGUGUGCGAGCCCACUUAAACUAGUUUUUGCAAAACCUCUAGCCCAAAGCCAUGUGCUAAUCAAACCAGCACCCUAUUUAUAGCCAUUUAGGCCGUGAUUAAAGCCUGGAAGAAGCUCAAAUCGAUUGUUUUCGACGAGUGAUACUUGUGCAGUGUAAAUUGUGAUACGAUAUCGUGAAAUUUUGAUCCAAUGGACCCGCCGUCAUCAGUGGCUGCGUUGACGUCGUCAUCGCGAUCGCCUGCAGACGAUCAACAACUUGUAGACAACACUGAUGAACAGCGAUCGAUCGACCACGCUACCGUGGAUGAAAUGCUCAAUAUCAACGCGUUCACGGUACCACGUGUUCCCAGUGCCUGUAAUGAUGGCGCAGUGGAAAAGUACAAACUAACCGGUAAAAGACUUGGCCGUGGAGUCGCUGAGUCUGGCUUGACGCAUGAAUGCGGUGUAUUCGGAGCGAUUGCAACGGGUGAAUGGCCCACACAGAUCGACAUUUCGCAGGUUAUCUGCCUGGGGUUGGUAGCCCUGCAGCAUCGAGGGCAAGAAUCGGCUGGUAUCGUUACCAGUGAAGGCAAAUGUGCUAAGAACUUCAACGUCCACAAGGGAAUGGGUAUGAUCAACAAUAUCUUCACUGACGAUUCAAUGAAGAAAUUAAAGGGUAAUCUGGGUAUCGGUCAUACGAGGUACUCGACCUCAGCGGCUUCAGAAGAAGUCAACUGCCAACCAUUCGUAGUCCACACGGCUCAUGGAGUGUUGGCGGUAGCACACAACGGCGAACUGCUAAACUGUGAAAGCUUGCGAAAGGAUGUUCUAUCCCGAGGUGUUGGCCUAUCGACUCACAGCGAUUCCGAGCUGAUCACGCAAGCUCUCUGUCUGAAUCCGCCGGACGGAGAAGACGACGGCCCUGAUUGGCCCGCACGCAUCAAGCACCUCAUGCAGUUGGCUCCUCUCUCAUAUUCCCUGGUUAUCAUGUUAAAAGACAAAAUCUACGGAGUGCGAGAUCCCUACGGAAAUCGACCUUUGUGCAUCGGAAAGAUCGUCCCCCUGAGCAUUGGUUCUUACAGACAAGAAAAAGUAGACAAACUGGCCGCCGAGGGAUGGGUCAUCUCCAGCGAGAGCUGCGGAUUCCUAUCCAUCGGAGCACGCUACGUUAGGGAAGUUCAACCGGGUGAAAUCGUAGAGCUGACCCGCGAAGGAAUCAAAACGAUCGACAUCGUCGAGUGUCCGGAGAACCGACGCCACGCCUUCUGCAUCUUCGAGUACGUCUACUUCGCUCGGUCGGAUUCCAUCUUCGAGGGUCAGAUGGUUUACUCGGUGCGGUUGCAGUGCGGCAGGCAGCUAGCUCGCGAAGCGUACGUAGACGCGGACAUCGUGAGCUCGGUCCCGGAAUCGGGAACGGCUGCUGCGCACGGUUACGCCAGAGAGACUGGCCUUCACUUUGCUGAAGUGCUCUGCAAGAAUCGCUACGUCGGACGUACCUUCAUCCAGCCUUCGACUCGGCUCCGGCAGCUCGGUGUGGCGAAGAAGUUCGGUGCUCUUUCGGAGAAUGUUUCCGGUAAACGGCUGGUCCUCAUCGAUGACUCCAUCGUUCGUGGCAACACCAUUGGACCAAUCAUCAAGCUACUUCGUGACGCGGGGGCACAGGAGGUGCACAUCCGUAUCGCCAGCCCACCGUUGCUGUAUCCGUGCUACAUGGGUAUCAACAUUCCGACGCGAGAGGAACUGAUCGGCAACAAGCUGAACCCGGAGGAACUGGCCAAGUAUGUCGGUGCGGACAGUUUGGCCUACCUCAGUGUGGAAGGACUGCAGAAGGCUGUUCAGCUGAACAUGCGGAAGAACAACCCGGAAAAGGUGGGCCACUGUACGGCCUGCCUGACCGGAGACUACCCUGGUGGACUGCCCGAAGACUUGGAUUGGUGAAGCGGGAGAAGGAUUUUUCUUUCCAAUUUACUUUUUUUAUGUUAUUUAAAGUUUCGUCAUGAAAAUUAUGUCAUGACAUAUUUGAUUCGCUAUCGGUCAUGGGAUAGAGACGUAUUGCCUACAUUUAGGAACAUAAAGUGAAAAAGUCCGAUCUGAGAUCUAUAAUGACUAUUUUAUAGAAAGACUAUAUGAAUAAAGGCUAGAAUUUACUAAA